AUGGCCACAAAGCGCAAACUCUCGGCUUCUGCCGAGCUCGCGACCCCCGAGCCUCCCCAAAAACAUCCCCAAAAUGCCCCCCUACAUCGCUCCACCAGUGCCUGUCAUCGCUGUCGAGUCAAGAAGAUCAAAUGUGACCAGAAGUUCCCCAAGUGCUCCAAGUGCGAGAAGAGCGGCAACGACUGUGUUGGAUUAGAUCCGUUGACCGGAAGAGAGGUGCCUCGGUCCUACGUGGUGCAUCUUGAGAACAAGAUCCAGCUUCUCGAAGCCCAAUUGAAGCAACAUGGCGUGGACGUUGCCAGUGUCAGUGCCACGUCUGAAGCAUCUGCUGCGUCUGCUGCAUCUGCUGGUGCGGGCAGCACAAAUUCCAACCCUGUCAGCUCUGUCAUACCGUCGCAUGCUUCACUUUCUGGCCCCAAACCGUCCAUAGCCUUUUCCAAGUUGAUGACCACGGCUGUCAAGGUCAAUCGCAAGUCUUCGGCAGCCCCAGACCCUGUCAGUCAGCCAGCAGUACUGUCAAUACCGGCGGCAGCGAUUCUCCCUGCCAUUUUGCCUCCCAAGGUCACUGCCUUGAAAUUCAUCCAUAUCUUCUUUGCCCAGUCCAACAGCCAGUUGCCAGUUCUCCACCGGGAAGAGUUUGUAGCCAACCAUUUUUUGCCCAUCUAUGGACCUUUUGACCCUUCUGAGGUGUCGCUAGCGUCGGACUUCACUGGCAUGGACGUGGAACGGGUGAGGGGCGACGGUGCCACGCCAUGGUUCGACCAGUACAAGCGGGAGUUGGAGAAGGGGUUGGAUGCCCCCCUCCCUCACCCAGACACCGUCAAGCGCAUCUCCAACGCCAUCGUCCCCCCCAGCCGCUACCACGCGUCGCUUUUCUUCCUCAAUAUGACCUUUGCCAUCGCUGCCUCCGUCCACCACCUCCAGUACCCGCCCACCAUCUCAGAAUCGUUCCGUCUCGCUGCUUUCCAGUACCUUGACGACGUCAAGGCGUCGCUGGACCCGUUGGAAGCACUCCAGGCAGUGCUUCUCCAGUCGCUCUAUGCCACCAUGAGACCCACCACCCCUGCCGUGUGGUACGUGUUGGGCACUGCUCUUCGCAUGUGUGUGGACUUGGAUUUGCACAACGAAAACAACACCACCACUGCCUCCAAUCUCGAUGCUUUUGCCAAAGACAAGCGCCGUCGGCUCUUCUGGUGUACCUACGCCAUCGACCGCCAGAUCUGCUUCUACUUGGACCGUCCCGUGGGCAUUCCGGACGCGUCUAUCCACACACCUUUCCCAUCAAUGUUGGACGACGCCUUCAUCCUCCAGGAUGGCUCGCCUGGCGACUACUCGCUAGCCUCUACUCGUCCCUCGGCUCCCUCCUACAAGACGAUCUCGCUCUCAAUCUUCCGGAUCCGCCAGAUCCAGUCUGAGGUCCAGAGCGUGCUCUACACCCAUGCUGACGUUCCUCGUCAAUACGCCACCUUGGACGCCUGGAAAGCUGCCAUUUUGGCCAGACUAGCUGCCUGGCGCAACGACACCCCCCAAACCCGCCACCAGAUGAACUGCAACUUCAACCUCUCGUUCUUUACCUUGAACUAUAACCACACCCUCCUCAUGCUCUACAACUUGUCGCCCAAAAACUACAAGUUGUCGCCCAACGACAUCCUCCAGGUGUGCCAGGCAGCUAAGCAGUUGAUCGCGUGCUACACCCAGCUCUUUUCCACCAAGAGCAUCAAUUACACCUGGGCAGCUGUACACAAUCUCUUCAGUGCUGGCACUUCGUUCUUGUACACUGUGUACAACAGCGAGGAGGUGCGGGUGCAGCACUCGUUGCAGGAGAUCAAGACCAUCACUUCCGACUGCUUGAACGUGUUGACGUCGUUGGUAGACCGUUGUGAGGCAGCCAUCAACUGCUGCGAGGUGUUCCAAAGUUUGACCACGGCCAUCAUCAAGAUCCGCUACAACGAGGUGGUCCAGGGCUUUUCCACCCUCAAGGUCACCAAGGACAGCUUGGACAAGGUCAACAACAACAAUAUCAAGUCUAACCUCUCGAAAUUGGUAGAAAACCUCACCCAGGCAGAUCAGGAAUCCCAGGACUUGAAUCCUUUUGGAAACGUGCAAUCAGGGCCCGCGGACCAGCCGAGCCACGAAUCGCCAACCCCGACCUUCGAGUGGGGCUCUGGAAAAGAUCCCAGCCAGAUCUACGGAGAAAACUUCGAUUUGGAGACUUUCUUCAAAGAAUUAGAAUCUUCGACUCCCAUCCCACUUCGUGCCACCAACGAUACUAAUUUGAAUAACAUCAUUGUCAGUCCUUACUCGGAGAACUCGACUGGCUCGCCUACCAUCUUCAACAACUCCAAGGAAGGAAAGAGGACGUUCGAACUUUUGCAUCAAACCCCAAACGAAAUGAUUUGGGACCAGGUUUUCACCGCUUCCAAUUUCCAGCUUGGUGUGGACCCUGGAUUAAUUGUCAGAAAGGAAGGAUGA